AUGGAGAACGAAGAGUCUUUCAUUUAUUCAGCAAUCUAUGUGUCAAACUUGGAAGAGGAGAGGAGACUUCUUUGGACUUCUCUUAGUGAUACUUUCGUAUCUUUUGGAUUGUCGCAGAAAGCUUGGAUGGUCAAUGGUCCUCGAUACACUUGGUCUAAUCAUCGCUCAGAAGCUCCUAUAGCCAAGAAACUUGAUCGCUGUCUCGUUAAUGGAUUUUGGCUAUUUCGUUACCCGGUUAGUCAUUGCUCUUUCGAAUCUCCGGAUUUCUCUGAUCAUUCACCGGGCCUCAUUCGAAUGACUUCUCUUCCGCCCUUAUUUGGUGAGCCAGUGGGAAAUCUCAGGGAUUUCUGUUUCAAGUUGAAACAGUUGAAAAGACCUCUCAAGACUUUGCUUAAGGAGAAUUUUAGUGACAUUGAGAGAAGAGUUGCUGAAGCAGGUUCGGUCUUAUCAUCUCUCCAAAUGAUUUCUCUGAAUGAUCCUUCGGAAUCCAAACUAUUGUUGGAAGCUCAAGCUAAGGAAGUCUGGAUUGGUCUUAGAGCUGCUGAGGAAAGCUUUUUCAAACAGAAGUCUCGAAUCAAAUGGCUUGGAGAAGGAGACCUUAACACCAGAUUCAUUCAUUCGGUGACCACAACCUGUAAUGCUCAAAACUCAAUCAAGCAACUUCUUCGUUCUGAUGGUACGAGGACAUCUUCGCUUCAGGAGGUACAUGAGUUGGCGGUUGAGUACUUCCGAUCUUUUCUCACUACUAUUCGAGGUCGGGAGUUAGAAGACUCAGUGCUCAAUUUCUUCGAAUCCAACUUCAUGCUUACGUCUUUGAAUUCAACAUCUCUGGUUCUAAUUCCUAAAAGGCCAGGCGCUGAAGAACUGAAGGAUUUCCGUCCAAUCGCUUGUCUUAAUACGGUCUACAAAGUUAUUACCAAGCUUUUGUCGGAGAGAUUAAAGAUUAUUUUGCCGAAGAUCAUUCUCUCUAAUCAGACAGCGUUUGUCAAAGACCGGCUUCUUCUGGAGAAUGUACUCUUAGCCUCUGAGCUCAUGCAUGGGUACCACAGAGAAGGGAUCAAUAGUAGAAUCACUCUGAAAGUGGAUAUCUCCAAAGCUUUUGAUUCAGGGCUUGACGCUGCCUCUCUAAACAACAUUCAGGCAAGUUUCAAUUUGAAGUCAUCUUCACUUCCCAUACGUUAUUUGGGUCUGCCUCUGUCUUCUCGGAAGUUAAGUGUUUCAGAUUGUGACUCUUUUAUUGCUCUUAUCAAGAAGAAAUUGGAUGCUUGGACUAACAAGCUCUUGAGUCUUGCUGGGCGUCUUACCUUGCUUUCCUCAGUUAUCUCUGGUAUUAUUGGGUUUUGGACAAGUGCCUUUAUUUUGCCAAAGAAGGUUCUUAAAAGAAUUGAAAGUCUUUCAAGUUCUUUUUUGUGGCAUGGGAGAACGGGUUGUGCUUCUAGGGCAAAGGUUGCUUGGAAAACUCUUUCAUAUCCUAAGUCGGAAGGAGGUCUGGGCUUAAAGGAUAUUGAAAGUUGGAACAAUGCUUGUGGUUUAAAACUUUUAUGGAUGCUAUUCUUCCGGGCCGGUUCAAUUUGGGUGGCUUGGAUUCGUUCACGUUAUCUCUCCUCUACAUCCUUUUGGGCUUUAAACGAAAGGAAUUCUUCUUUCUCGUGGAUGUUCAGAAAGAUUUUACACCUCCGUUCAAAGGCAAUGCAGUUUUUAACCAUCAAAAUUGGUCGCGGGGACUCUACUUUCUUCUGGUGGGAUCCUUGGACACCGUUUGGUUCACUUCGAUCCUUUUUAGGUGAUGAAGGAACCUCUCUUUUAGGUAUCCCAAUUUCUGCUACGGUUUCAGAUCUUUGGAACGGCAGAGGAUGGACUUUACCUCCAGCAAGAACAGAGCGUCAAUUACUACUUCUCUCCCAUCUUUCUUCAAUUGGCUGCUCUCCCUGUACCGAUUGUCCUAUUUGGUCUAUUGGUGGCUCUCCACAGCGAACCUUCUCUCUUAAUGCUGUAUGGAAUGUAAUCCGCCCCACUAAGCCGGAGGUGUCUUGGGCGUCCUUGUUAUGGCAUAAGGCAGGUUUAGUCCGACAUCAGGCCUCAUCUUUCGACAAUGCAAAGAGGCUAGCUUUACUACAGGGUUGGCAAGGUGCUGUCUAUGAAUUAUGGAAGGAACGUAAUCGAAGGAUGCAUGAUGGAGUCACCUUCUCUCCUGGGAAAGUUUUUCAUCUCAUUCUUAGCUCGCUAAUGGAUAAGUGUCGGGCUUUGACUCUCCUGGGAUCGUCUCAUGGAGAUUCAAUUCUCCAACUUUGGAUGUCUACCAGUUUUUUGGGUUGA